AUGGGAGCAGCUCCAUCUCCACCUCCUCCUCAUCAUCAUCAUCAUCUCCGACCCGCCUUCUCUCCAAACCCUAGACCUACCCGCCAUUGCAGUCUCUCUGUUCGCUCUGCUCCCACUUGCUUCGCCUCAAACGCCGUCGCUGGAGGAACAUCAAUAGAUUGGACUCAGAAAGAUAGGUUUAGCUUUCCUAAUGUUUCGACCGACGCGUUGCAAGAGGAGAGCUUUUGGGAAAAUCUUGACGCGGAUUUGCAGUACUGGACGAGACCGCUGCGCCCUGUGCAGUGGUACCCUGGUCAUAUUGCGAAGACCGAGAAAGAACUCAGGAACCAACUCAAAUUGAUGGAUGUUGUCAUAGAAGUUCGCGAUGCUAGGAUUCCCCUAGCUACAAGCCACCCAAAGAUGGAUUUGUGGCUUGGAAAUCGAAAGAAGAUUCUUGUUUUGAAUAGGGAAGAUAUGAUAUCCACUGACGACCGAAAUGCAUGGGCUACUUUCUUCGCGAAGCAGGGGGUUCAAGUUGUUUUUGCAAAUGGGCAGCUUGGAAUGGGCACUAUGAAACUGGGAAGACUUGCAAAAGCGUUAGCUUCUGGUGUCAAUGUCAAACGUAGAGCUAAAGGCCUUCUUCCUCGACCGGUGCGAGCGGGAAUAGUUGGCUAUCCAAAUGUCGGAAAAUCUUCUCUAAUAAAUCGUCUGCUCAAAAGGCGAAUGUGCCCAGCGGCUCCUAGACCAGGUGUCACAAGAGAAUUGAAGUGGGUUCGGUUUGGGAGAGAUCUUGAGUUGUUGGACUCACCAGGUAUACUGCCCAUGAGAAUCAGUGAUCAAACAGCAGCAAUCAAGCUUGCCAUUUGUGAUGAUAUUGGAGAGAGAUCAUAUGAUGUUGCUGAUGUAGGUGCCAUUCUUGUCCAGAUAUUGUCAAGGCUUCCUACAGUAGGUUCAGAUGCUCUUUACAAGCGUUACAAGAUCGAUGCAGAUGGAUACUGUGGUAAAAUAUUUAUUGAUAAGCUUGCCUUGCAACUGUUCAAUGGAGAUUCUAGCCAAGCAGCUUUCAGGAUCUUGAGUGACUACAGGAAAGGGAAAUUUGGCUGGAUUGCACUUGAGAGACCUCCUAUAUGAUAUACUUGUGCCAUAUAUGUUGUAUUUUUAUGUAAGCGGUUGCUAGUUUAGAUUACCAACGAUAGCAUUUUUAUUGUGAACGGGGAGUUAAUGUAAUCUAAAAUUGUAUCAGUCAAAUAAAGUGUAUACAUGGCCAUAACUAAUCUAUAGAUCAAGUUAAUUCAGUGCUCCA